AUGCCAACAGUUCUUGUUAUAGACGCAUCCGCAGUAAUUUCAUCAGAACUGUCUGAGAUGGAGUACAGUAAGGGGUACAUUCCACAAGCAGUGGCAGAUGAACUGAAGUGUCAGAAAAGCAAUGAACUCUUCUCUCUGCACACAUGCAAAAUAGAAAUACGCAAUCCAAGUGAGAAAUACAUUAAAAUAGCACAAGAAAAAGCAGCUGAGCUAGGAUAUUCCUGCCUCAGUGAUCAAGACAUUCAAUUAGCAGCACUUUCUUUAGAGCUAUCAGCUGAGUAUAAUUCUUUAUUCUCUUCAUGGAUGAAUACAGAAAACAUCGACAGCACAACAGAAGUAGUCACAGUAACCCGCGAUAUGACUUUAAAGAAUCUUAUAGCAACGCUAGGUCUGCAAUUACACGAUACUUUCCUACAAAGUGACAAAAAGUAUUUGCAGAGGUGCUAUACAUGCGCUCGCAUAUACAAAACAGAAGAAAAGAUUGACUUCUGUAAGUCGUGUGGAUAUGCAACAAUAAGCAAAGUGAGCUACACCGAGAAAAAUGGAAAAAUAGAACUAUUCUUAAGUAAGAACUAUACACACAAAGAAAGAAAGAUUUACACCCGGCGAGGAAAGGAAAUAAAGAGUGAAGACCAGAAGGCGUACACUGAUUACAGAAUGCAUCAGAGAAAAGAUAACAGAAUGGAUAAAAAGCAGAUAGAGAAUAGUAUGGAUCCGAAUGGAUGGAACUGUCUAUAA